AUGUAUCCUCACACAGGCUUUCUUCACCUUCACAAGGAAUUAGAGCCCAAAUGGGUUGACAAAGUGAAUGAAGCCCGGCUCAACGGUCGCUUUUGCUCUUGGGUGUCAACUUUCCACCCUUGCAAGCUCCCAUGCCGUAUAGAAGGGGGUUUCUUGAACGGAUCAUACAACCUAUGUCAGAAAUUUAUCUUCGAUGAUGGAACGUCGUUGGUGUUGCGUCUGCCGCGAGUCUCAAGCGUGAGCCCAGGAUACGCCGAUGAGAAGAUUAUGAUGGAGGCAGAAGCUGUUCAUUUAAUUCGAGACAGGACGUCUAUACCUGUUCCGGUCGUCAAGGCCUGGGGGUACUCAAAAGACAAUCCACUUGGGCUAGGCCCUUUUCUACUUAUGGACUUUAUUCGUGGCAUAAGUCUUACCAAUGUGUUCACCGAUGAUCAAUCCGGACUGCUGAAAGAGGAUCUUCGUGACGACGACAUAGAGCUUGUCUAUAGACAAAUGGCCAGGUUCAUGUUGGAGCUCUUCCAAAUCAACUUCGACAAGAUCGGCAGCAUUCCAACGCCGCAAACUGGAUUUCCUGCGCCGGUACGUCCUUUGACAUGGAAAGCUCAUGGUAUUCUCCAUGAAGGGGGAGUCGAUGUGUUCGGUGAUCGGGACCAAGGAUUCGCCUCAGUCACCGAGUAUUUUCAUUAUCUUCUAUGUCAAGAUUACCAGCAGCUCAAAGACCAGCCAAAUUCAGCUGUUGAUUGGCAUAGCGCUUGUGAAGCAUACGCAUCUCUAGAGGUCUUAAAGUCCUUAUUACCGGACCUCGUUGAGCCAAAUCAUGACCACGGCCCUUUCAAGCUAAUCUGCGAUGAUUUCGGUCUCGGAAACCUGAUUGUGAGGAGUCGCGAUGAUCUCACCGUUGUCGGGGUGGUGGAUCUUGAGUGGGUGUACGCAGGUCCAGCACAAUUAUUUGCUUCAGGACCGUGGUGGCUCCUAGGCGAUCGGCCAAUAAAUGAAGCAUGGGAUUAUCACAACGGAGAGCCUCCUCGAGUUGCCAACAGGUAUAUGGAAUACCUUGAAAUGUUCACAACGGUGCUCAAAGAAGAGGAGGCAAACAUCCCAGGAAACGAAAGGAAAGAGCUCUCAACACCCAUUGAAUGGUCCAAAACCACAGGGGCUAUGUGGCUCCAUACGAUACUAUCUGCGGGCUUUUUUGACUGUCUGUCAUUUCCAUGUGGUCAGUUGCAAAGGCAUUACGGCUUACGGUGGUGGCUGGAUACCUUGAAAGGUUUCGAAGACCGAGAGGAGGUUAAAGAAUUUGCACAAGGCAAGGAGCUUGAUUUAACCCGAUACGACAAGGAGGUCGACCAAAUUGAGGAGCUCAAAUCUUUGGUGGAGUGUGGGAAGCUGACAAGUGAGGAUUUUGCUGCUCAGACUCGGUCGAUUCUAGCGCGCAAGCCUGAUGAUGCGAAUGCCUGA